CGACCCGCUCUCGUCUGCUUUCUCUGCACGCAGCCACGUCGCACACUCGGACGCACCGACACCGAGUGCGUGCUCACCGGACUUUGCCCAUCAUGAACGUCCAACUAGAGGAAUACAUAACCAGCGCAAACGAGUGCUUCGAGCUCAACCUCACCCGUCCCUCCCAAGAUGCAGCGCCUGAGCCCGUAUUCAGUGAAUCCUUCAACCCUACCCACACCUACGCUUUUUUCGGCGAGGACGAGGAAAUCAUUGGCUACAAGGAGCCCUCCAUCAAGUUGAGCUUUCGCGCAAACGACAUGAAGCCCUCGCUCAAGGCAGGCUUUGAGGAGAAGGUCGAGCUCCCGGAGGAGGUCUAUUCCGAGAAGCAUCUCAAGGUCGACUUUGCAACCGUGUUCAAGGAUUACCUUCCCGCCUCUGUGUUCGACCGCUCCGAGACCCCGGCCGACGGUGUGCGGACUGAUCCCACUUCGAAGGACUGGAGGCCACCCGGCAAGCAGCUGCACACAUUUACACACCACGGCAAACAGUUCGAGAUAUGGGUUGGAAGCUUUGCAGACCCCACCGCGCGAAGUUUGUGGGACAACAUUCGGAUACUACCUAUACUCUUCAUUGAAGGCGCGACCUUGCCCGAGCUGGACGUGGACUGGUCGAACGAGAGGUGGUCCAUAUACAUGCUGUACGAAGUCACAUCCACCGACGACGACAUCUCCCCCUACACGCUCGCCGGUUUCUCUACCACAUAUCGCCUAUGGCUGCUCCCAACCUUUGAGAUUAUGCGCGCGACAAAGUCGCUUCCUUCGCCUCCUGCCAGCACGAAUGGCGACGCUGGUAAAUGGACUCCUCCAAGACUCACCCAAGACCCGGUGACUUUCCGCAUAAACGAGCACAUCGACCCGCUGGAGCAGCCGUCGCGUGAACGAAUCUCGCAGUUCCUGAUACUCCCACCGUACCAGGGCCAACAUCUCGGAGCGACGUUAUACCAGACAAUAUUUGCAGAUCUCGUCAAGAGGCCAUAUAUCUACGAAUUGACCGUUGAAGACCCAGACGAGGCAUUCGAUGCGAUGCGCGAUUAUAGCGACAUGGAGUAUCUCCACUCACUGUCCGCUUUCCAGUCACUGACCAUACCCGCGACCAUACCAAGAGAGAAGCUCGCGAAGAGUGCUCCUAUUCCGCGCGACGAAAUACUGGGCAACGGCGUCGACCUCCGCCAGUUGCAGCGUGAAACGAAGAUUGUGUCACGUCAAUUCAAUCGCAUGCUUGAACUUUACCUCUUAUCUACGAUACCGCCUGCCCACCGAAACAAGAACCGCAUCACCCGCAAAGAUAGAUGCUCGAACGAAAACGACCGACGCUACUAUUUCUGGCGGUUGGCGGUGAAAGACAGGAUAUACCGCCAGAACCGCGACUCCUUGGAGAACAUGGAGGAAGGCGAAGAAGCUCUCACAACUGCACAAAAGGUGGAAAUGAUCGAGAAUGCGGUGGACAACCAGCAAGCGGAGUUUGAGGAGCGAAUGAAGGGUCUGGAGAAGAGGGCAAAAUGGAAGAAUGGAGAGAAACCGGAAGGGUCGAGCUCUCGGUCGAAGCGGAAAAGGAUGAUUGUGGAGGAGGAUGAGGACGACGAAUGGGAAGACAUGGACGACGAGAGCGUAAGCUCGAAGAGAGCGAGGGUUUGAACGAAAAAUGGAAAUGGAGCGGCGUUCAAGGCGUCUUACUACGGCGAUUAGCUUUAGGAGCUGUUUGGAACUGCGCAAUUAGUACGGAUACCAAAUGAACCACUG